GAUUACGCGCGCUUGUCGGAUUUAUGUUCGUACUUGUAGCCGGUCGACGACAACACGCGGAUUCAUUAAGUCGACCGGCCCACAGGACAUACAGUUUGAAUGCUUUGCUCUGUCCGUCUGUACUGUCGGUGCACGGCAAAUGUUGUUUACCCAGUGUACGAGGUCUGUCCGGAAAGUUCGUAUAAAAGUGUUCUGGAAUGCGAGAAAGAGGAGUGGGGAGGCCAGGUAAGCGCAGGACCCCUUCCUUAUGUCCCUAACAAUGCUUCAGUUCUGGUCUGACCGCCGUGCGGUGCGAACUGGCUUGUCACGCCAUCUGUGAAGUUACCUCUUAACGAAACCCCGUCGGCAUGGAGCCCGCUUCCGUUGAAGAGCAGCGCGUCGUAAUCAAGUUUCUCUCGAAACUCGGCAAGAAUGGCCGUGAAAUUUUUGCCGAUCUCAGAACAGUUUAUGGGGAUGAUGCUGUGAAGGAACCAACCGUCCACAAGUGGCUAAAAAGAUUCAGAGAGGGCCGAGAAAGCGUUCAAGAUGACCCACGUUCAGGACGUCCUUCCACUUCACAUUCCGACGAAAACGUGGAAAGAAUUCGAACUUGUGUUAAUGGGGACCGUCGUUUAACGGUCAGACAGGUGGCUGAAGAGCUUAAUUUGGGCAAAACCGUGGUCCACGAAAUUCUAAGAAACGAACUUCAAAUGAAAAAAAUUUGCGCCAAGAUCGUUCCCAAGCUUUUGUCCCCGGAUCAAAAAUCACGAAGAGUUGCUUGCUGUGAGGACUGUUGUUGGCCCCGUGUGACUUCUUCUUGUUCCCAAAAACCAAAUUGGUACUUCGGGGGCGGCAUUUGGGGGACAUAAAUGAGAUAAAAAAAGCUACGACGGGGCAGCUGAGAAACCUACAACCAGAGGACUUUCAAGGAGCCUUCUCACAGUGGAAACGGCGUUGGCACAAGUGCAUUAUGUCACAGGGGGAGUACUUUGAAGGGGAUAAAAUUGAUUUACCUGAAUAAUUGUAAAAUAAAAUUUUUAAAAAACUUUUAUACGUACUUUCCGGACAAACCUCGUAUAUUGUGACUGCAUGAUGAAAUCUAUAUUAUUAGUGUACUUAUAAAAUAGUAUUCCAACUUUCUAACUGACAUAAUAAAACUGUAUUUAGACAAUGUCUGUUCAUUGAAGGCAUUUAAGAAAAUUGGUAUCAGGGAUCUUAACAGCAAGUGAAGCCAAAACAGUAACUUUUGUUUGAUUAUAAGUUUGUUCCAGUAUUUUGCAAAAACAUCAUAACAUCGAGUUAAAUGUAUUUUUUUUCUAGUUAUGUUCUCUCACUGUGGUCAUUUCUUGUGAUUGUUUGUAUCUAUAAUAAGUUAAUUAUUUUAAUCUUGUAGAGGAAAUGAUAAAGAGUAUCUAUCUAUCUAUGUUCCUAUAGUCUAACUUAAAAUCCCAUGUAUAUUUUAUCUUGAUACGCCAUCUAUAAGUUACCUAUUUUUAAAAUCUAUACGUACAAAAUUGAAGGCAAAAAAUCGUUCCUACUAAUAUCCUAUUAAUACAAUAAAUACAUAGGUUUGUAAUGGUGAAUGGAUGGAUGAAUGGAUGGAUGGAUGGAUAGAUGUUUGUUAUUAUUUUACGCAAAAACUACUGAACGGAUUUUUUUUCCCUUCAAGCCGAAACACAACUGCUUUACGAUUGAAACACGAAUGGGACAGAGGUACCCAAGCAAUCGACAAUUUUUUGUACAAAGUCUCCCUCUGGUAAAAUGGGUUUGAAGGAUAUUUGGUAGACGGAUAGGUUAUAUCCUAUCUAAAUACACUAAAUAAUUACUGAUUCACGCGGGCAAAGCUGCGGGAUGCAACUAGUUAUGAAUAUGACAGUGUGUUUGUUUAUUUAUUACCUUGUCGUAUCGGUCUACCAGUUGUCAUGAAACAUACCGAGUACUUUUAUCUAUGUCACGUAGACGAAGUUGCAUUUUUAGCUACAUCAAAAGGAAUUUUCUCAAUUGUGCGCGUAUUAUUUAUUUAUUUAAUUUAUAAGCAGUCCUAAUUAAUGAACAAUAUAUAAGAUGUACAAUGACAAUAAUAUACCUACAGCUUCCUACAAUAACAUUUAACAUUUACAGAAAACACCCACCCACUGAAAAACAGCAAUGUAAAACUAACUCAGAACUUUAGUCAAGAUAUUCCUCAAGGUUGCUAAUAACCGAUUACUUAAUAAAUCUAUGUCCAUAAUACUAAUUUGUCAUUGUACAAUUUCAUUCAUCAUUUCAGCCAUUAUCCGUCCACUGCUGGACUUAGGCCUCCCCCAUAGACUGCCAUAAGGAGCGUACAAAUUACAUAUCCUUAUUUAUUUAUUUAUUACGUCCACUGGGUGAGCCUUACAGUCUUCCAAUACGCUCACCUAUGAAAGCAUGAGUACAAUAACAUAUAAAAAGGAAUAUUACAUAAAAAUAUUAAGCAAAAAAUAAUAUAAAAAGAUUUAACUGAAACAAAAAACAUCUGAACACAAAUACUCUGUGGUCACUCGACGAAACUCUAGCAAGUUGGAGGCAAAUACAUCCAAUUGCGGAUACUGGCUCAAAAUAUCAUUGAGUAGUUUCAAUGCAAGAGAUAGGGGAUUAUUAUUAUUAUGUGAUAUUACCGCCAGUUCAUAAUGGUUUUAAGGGCUUCAAAGUAACAGAGGGAGACUUUGUACAAAAGUCGAUUGCUUGGGUACCUCUGUCCCAUUUGUGUUUCAACCGUGAAGCAGUUGUGUUUGCAUGGCUGUGUUUCGGUUUGAAGGGUGGGAUAUGGCGUGAAUUUACUGGGUACAGAGGAAUAACAUCUGAAUCCUCAGGAGUGGCAACGCAUGGGGUGUAUCAUGGGCGAAACAGUAUACUCUGUUAUAUCCAUGGUACUGCUCAUGUCUAUAGGCGACGGUUAGCACUUUCCAUCAGGUGGGCCGUCAGCUUAUUUGCCAUUCUAAGUUGUAUAAAAAAAAAGUAAUGUAAUGUUAAAAGCAAUUGUUUACCGAAUGACUUUAUUAAUAUAUUUUUCAUAUUGUAAGUACUAGUAUACUUUGCCAUUCAUUGUUCUAUAUUUAUUUUGGAAUAUUGUGAGUUUUAAUGCCACAAUCCUAUUUAUUAAAGAUGAAUGCGUCGUACAUCCGUCGCCUUUGGGAGGCAAAUCUGCAAAUCUGCGGAGGCGCGGAUCUUUGCGGAUUAUCUGCGCCAAACUCGGUAGCAACAAGUUUGCCCUUAACCGUUUGUAUUAUUAUAACAUCCAGGAUUGGUGAAGAUAUAUCUUUAACUAGAAUUCAUUCAUAAUCCUAACUAAUAUUAUAAAUGUAAAAGGCAGUUUGUUUAUUAUUUUUUAGUGUCUUAACGGUUUUACCAAAAAUGAUAAAAUUUCAUAUACACGUAUAUAGUAGGUAUGGGAUGGAAAAUUAUGUAGGCUACUUUUUAUCCUAGUCAGUGAAAGUGAAGUCACGCGGGCGAAGCCGUAGGUAAAAGCUAGUUCAAUUGUAAUAAGGAUCGACCCUAAAGCUCUAAUUUCUAUCUCUAAUAUCAUAAUGUUUGCCUUUUGCAUAAAAAUAUACCAACCUUAUAAUACUAGGGUUGGUAUACCAACUUUAUAUUAAUUUACUAAUGAACGACGACUCCAAAGUCUCGCCGUUUUGGAGAUUAGAAACUAAAUUAAUACAUAAUAAUGAACAUGACUUUAAGAUGAGGAAUCAGUCUGUUCAAUUUUGAAAUCAAACCUUUAAUUGUUUAGAACCAGAUCUCCAAAAACUCCGUUUCUGGACUAUUAAUAUUGUAUAAUAGAUUUUAUAUAAUUAAUAGUGUUCCAUAAAGAAACAGACUUCAAUUAUGACUAACUGAUUCAUCAGUCAUUGAUUUUAAUACUAAACCGAUUUUGUAAAAAAUUCUAGAUGUUCAUGUCUGUCUGUAAGUAUAUUGUUUUAGAUAAAAGAAGUUUCCAAAAUGGUUUACAACUGACGGAGUUACGAAGUAACAAACAUAAAAAAAAAAUACAACUGAAUUGAGAAUUUCCAUCUUAUUGAAAUAGGUUGAAAACUUAUUGCCUUACAAAACAUUGUCUGGGCAUUCAUCUUUUCAUAGUUUACGUAUCAGAUCUUUCUUACGUGUUUAAUUAUAAUACAAAUACGGAUCAAAAAAAAAUAGUCACUGUAACUAACUAGAGAAAAUACAUAUUGCGUACUCAACAAUAAAUUUAAAUAUAUCAAUGUAAAAUGGCGGCCUUGUCUAAAAGCAAUAUUUUCAAGGUAACCUUUUCAUAAUUCCGGGAUGAUAAAAAUAGUAACGUAUUCAGGUACAUUGUACUCGUACGUACGUGAUCGUACGUUGGCUCUUAUUGUUAAAUGUAUACAUUUUUCCAUAAUACUCAGUAUUGAGAAGUACAAUAGCGUGGUAGCUAUCGGGUGUACUCAUAGAUUCUCUACGAGUAUGUGAAUCUUUUUUCUUUUUGUGUUCAGCACGAUAGGCAUGGUGUUUUAUUCUAAUGUCUGCAAAAAACAUUCUUUCAAUUAGACGGUUUUUUAUGUUAAACGAUUAUAAUUUGAUUUUUUUUAUUUUUUUUUAUACAACUUAGAAUGGCAAACAAGCUGACGGCCCACCUUAUGGAAAGUGGUAACCGUCGCCUAUAGACAUGAGCAAUACCAUGGACAUAACAGAGUAUACUGUUUCGCCCGUGAUACCACCCAUGCGUUGCCAUUCCUGAGGACUCAGAUGUUAUUUCUCUGUACCCAGUAAAUUCACGCCACAUCCCACUCUUCAAACCGAAACACAGCCAUGCAAACACAACUGCUUCACGGUUGAAACACGAAUGAAUUUAAUUAAAAGUAAUCACCACAAUUUUAAACUAAAUUGAUAAAUACGAGUAUUUUAGUAAAUAAAAGGAAAGAAGGAGUAAUAUACUUCCCAUAUCGGUCGUAUAAUAAUUUAUUACGUUUUAGUUUGGAUUUAUGUUUAAAUAAAAUACUGAUUGUACAUAAGUUAGGUACUGUUUACUUACAAAUUCUUUUUUGGCACAUAUUUAUAUUUUUGAUUAGAAAUGGCAAAGUUUCUUGUAAAAACAGUGAAAUGCUAAAAUGAAUCAAAUUGGUUAAUUUUACUUAGGUACGUAUCAGGUAUUAUUAAGUAGAUACCUACGUAUAUGCAGUAGCAAAGUAAAUCGGAAAUAGUACUCCCUCGCGUAAUAUUCUUCGAUCGUACCUAUAUAACUGUUCAUCGAAGCAAAACGGUUCGUUAUGGUCGCCGCGGCGCGGGUCCCGCUUUCGCACCGCUCCGGGUUGAAUGAAUUCUCACGAUCCGGUUUUUUACAGGCUGUCAGGUAACGGAGGGGAGUGCGCGGGGUGCGCGGAACGCGUUUCUCAACGGACACGUUUUAUUUAGUGGCUCGUACGAAACGUUGCAAUAUGGCUGCGUCGUUUGCAGAUAUAGUGAAGUGUUUAGACAAACCACUGUUAAUAAAUUUAGUUAAAGAGAGACCAUGCUUAUGGGACUAUACGAUGGAUAGUUAUAAAGAUAAAAACUUAAAGCUAACCGCUUGGAGAGAAAUAUGCACCGUACUCUACGACAGGUUUGAUCAAAUGACGGACGGUGAACAAUUGGAAUUCAGUAAAAUUGUUACAAGAAAAUGGUCGCAAACCAGAGAUGCUUGGCUGAAGACAUUACACGAAACUACGAAGCGACCCUCUUCUAGACCUUAUAUUUAUCACAAACAAUUGUUGUUUCUAAAGAAAGUAGUUCACGUAAAGGAAGAUGAUGAGGAUGUUAGUGAAAUGCACAAAUCCGAACAACGAGAAUCAGACGGGGAGAGCCAAAAUGAAGAAGCUGGGAGUGAAGGACCAAACGAGAGUAUACCGAGAAAGUACGGUAAAUCAACGAUCCGCAAUUUAAAACGGAUCCGAAGAAUUGAAGUUAAAAAGCACGGAUCGAAACACUUAUUAGAAAAUAAAAAUAUGUAUCAAGGUGUGAAAUAUGCACGAAGAAAUGACGACAGAGUACGUUACAAAUCGAAUCAUGUCGAUGAUGUAAACGAACAUGAAAUUCGCCAUUUAAACUUUUUUAAAAGCCUCCUGCCGUCGUUGGCGUUUCUAGACGACGAUCAAACGUUACAAUUCCAAAGUGGCGUUCUAAAUCUUUUGCAAAAUAUCAAAAGAACAAAGAAUAUGGUCACGAAUGCCGCAUCGCAAGUGCACCACUCUUCGAGCUACGGUCAUGCUACGCCGUCUCCGCAUAUCCGGAAAUCUAGUUCUUAUCUAACGGAAUCAUUAUCACGUGACUCGAUGCAAAGCUAUGACUCCGAAGUCUCGGAAGCCAAUUCAGAUCCGAUUUUUAUGCCCAAAAGCGAAAUAGAAUAGAUUUGCCUAGUCAUAAUAAGCUUUGCCGGUUUAGAUUUUAUUUUAAUUUCAUAUUACUAGCUUUUACCUGCGACUUCGUCUGCGUGACCGAGAUAAAAAGCAGUCUAGCUUUCAAUUCAAAAUUCAAGUCAAAGCUUUCUGUAUUCCAUAUAGUAUGUGUAUAUCAAUUUUAUAUUUCAUAGUGAUUGGUUAAGCUGUUAAGGUAUUAUAAGGUAACAAACAAACUCACUUUCACAUUUAUAAUAUUAUUAAGGGUUAAAUUUAUCGUUUUAUAAGCGUUAUUAAAUUAUAUUCCAAAAAAAGACUUCAUUUGCGUUGCCACAAAAGAAGUUAUUUAAAUUUAAAAAUUAACCUUCUGGACCGAUUUUGGUAAAAUGUCUACGGGACCAAUCUAUAAGUUUAUUUUUUUAAAUAAAAAAUAUUUUUUUAAAUCAGAUUACAACUGACGGAAUUAUCAGGUAACAAACAUAAGAAAAUACAACCGAAUUGAGAACCUCAUUUUUUUGAAGUCGGUUAAUAAAAUCACAUAUUUUUACUGUACGUACAUUUUUACUGUAUUGUUGGCUAGUUUUACAUAAAAUUGUUAGAUUAUUAUGUAUAUAAUUAUAAUUUUUACUAUAUAAUGAUACCUUUUCUGUUACCUAUAUUUCGAGACAUCCGUUUCCUAAAUUGAACAAAAUGUGAUCGAACCCAGUACCUCAUUUACACAAAUCGAUAUGUCCACCAUUGCGCCA